AUGUCUAUAAAGACUUUAAAGUCAGGGUUCUCUGUUCGUGAUAUUUUGGACCUCCCGGACACGAAUGAUGAAGGAUCGGUGACUGAAGACACUGAAGAUGAGGCGGAUGAAGAACUUAACCACAGUCUUCCUGGAAAUAAGCAGCGCGCAUCCUCCAGAGAUGCGUUUUGGCCCGGAUCUGCAUGUGGCCAUCAAUAUCCACCACCAGCAGCAUCUCCAGACGAUUUAACACCGGAAGAUCGAGACAGAGAGAGUUCAGAGGACUCUGGGGCCACAGGGAAAAAGCGCAAAAGGAGGAUCUUGUUUUCAAAGGCUCAGACGUUUGAAUUGGAGAGAUGCUUUAGGCAACAAAGAUACUUAUCAGCCCCCGAGAGAGAACAUCUCGCUAGGGUGUUACGUUUAACCCCAACACAGGUGAAGAUAUGGUUCCAGAACCAUCGGUAUAAAGUCAAAAGGGCCCGGUCCGAGAAAGGAAUGGACCCGGAAUUUCUGGUCUCUCCAAGGCGUGUGUCUAUUCCCGUUCUAGUGAGGGACAGCAGACCAUAUCAUGUUUUCAAUCAUCAGGACAUCACCGGUACCUUUCCAGCAGGUGCACCAUUUUCUGCUGUCCACAUGAAGCAAUUCCCCCAAAUACAACACAUCGGUCAUAACAUCUGCUACAUGACACACCUGACAGCUGUCAGUCAUCUAUCCCACUUGCAGCCAUGGUCUUGGUGA